AGUGCAGAAAACAGCGAUUCUGAAGUUGGUGCGAUCUCGCGAUCUGGGGGAUGCGCGCUCGCGCCCGUACCUCUCCAGGGUGUGUUUACUUUUGCCACACGUCGCUCGCUUCGCUCUCCGAGAUCUGCGCGCGGGUUCGCCGCGACCGAGCCAUGCGUCGCGAGACACGGACAACUUUGACUUCUUCGGGAAAGCUGGGAGCUCGAGCCUGCCGCCGCUGAAGAGGAGCAUGCACGCGGACGCGGCCCCCUCCGAGCGCGCGCUGGGGCGGAAAAGACGCCGCGUGAGCCUGGAAGUCUGAACUUGGAUGGUGUAAUUUUGGGCGGUCUGGGCGCUGCGCGCGAGGAAGGGAGCCGGAGAAUGGCCUCCAAGGAGCGGCUGUACGAGCUGUGGAUGUUAUUCUACACCAAGAAAGAUGUGGCCUACCUGCAGCAGUGGCUGGAAGCGUUUGUGGCGUCCUUUGAGAAAGUCAUUGAUGUCCACUCCCUGGAGCCGCGCCGUCUGGAGGACCAUAAUACGGAGGUGCCCCUGCUGCCCCGGGAAACGCUGGUGUUCCUCAGCACUCAGCUCUGGCACAGCGUCCUCCAUCUGUCCGGCCAGAACCAGAACAACACCGCCCCACACCCACUGCUGCUCAUCAAAUUCUUCAUCAUCAUCUGCAGGAACAUGGAGAAUAUCGACCCAGAAAAAACUCCUGGCUUUGUGCUGGAGACCAUCAAGCUGCUGAACUUCUCUAUGAAUCAGCUGAAGAAGCAGAGCGAGGAGUCCAGCACCCUGCAGGGUGUGAUCCAGCACGGCCUGCUGCUGUGUGAAAACCUCUUUGACCCCUAUCAGACCUGGAGGAGACGGCAGGCAGGUGAGGAGGUCAGCAUGCUGGAAAGGAGCAAGUACAAGUUCUCGCCUCUCGGCCUGCCGGAGGAGCUGCCUGCGUUCUUUCACGACUGUCUGCAGGACUGUGAGCUGAUUCCUGAACCACUGCUGUUGCGGCUGCUGCACCUGCAGGGCGCCGUCAUCAGCGGCUGCAAGAAGAACGGCCUGCUCUCCAUCACCCCCAACGCUGUGGAGGACCUGAUGUGUGUUCUGCGCUCCUGGUGCCUCUGCCCCACCUCCAAAGCCCCCCGAGACCCCCUGGUUCUGCAGAUGACGCUGCGUUGCCUCACGGCCAUGAUCCACCUGCUGCACGGCAGCAGCCCUGCGGAGAGGCAGCUGGAGCUCGGCAGCGUUUUAAACAGCUACUUCAGGCUGCUGAACUGGAACAGACCGCCGGACAUUGGGCAGGACGGCUCGGCCUGGGAGGACAGCAUCAUCACCCUGCAGACCCACAUGCUCAAUGCUAUCCCAGAUAUCCUGCAGUGUUCGGACCGUCCGGUUCUGCAGGCCAUCUUCCUCAACAACAACUGCUUCGAGCACAUCCUGAGACUCAUCCAAAACAGCAAGCUCUAUCAGAGCAGCGAGUUUAGAGCAGAGUGUGAUCUCACCACACAGUUGCUAACAGAAGCUGAAGUGGAGCAGGUGUGGGAAAAGGGUUCGGACUGUAUCACAGUACACGCCAUUGGAGUCCUCACCGCCAUCAUGAGCAGCUCUCCGUCUGCGAAGGAGGUGUUUAAAGAGAGAAUCGGCUAUUCUCAGCUGUUUGACGUUCUGAAGAGUCAAGGCCAGCCCACCAAGAGACUCCUGCAGGAGCUGAUGAACAUGGCAGUAGAGGACGAUCACUCUCAGUCCCCUCAGUGUGGGAUCAGUAAUGUCCAGCCGUUGCUGCUCCUGCUGCAGUGGCUGCCCGAGCUGUCCUCCCGCUCUCUGCAGCAGCUGGUCUCCCAGUGGCUGGCAGCCGUGUGCCGGGUCAGUCUGUCCUGCCGCACCGUGGCCGUGGAGGCAGGCAUGGUGCGCCACCUGCUGGACGUGCUGUCGGAGCCUCCAGAGCGGUUGGACCGGCAGUGUGUGGAUGCCCUGCUGGGCCUUCUGCAGGACCUGGGGUCCCUCUCCCUGCGCCCCCCCGAGCUGAAAAGCCUGCUCAAACUGCUGAGGACGGAGCUCGGGGCCACCCCUCACCCGUACACCGCCCGCGCCAUCAGGGUUCUGUCCGCCAUGGCCGCCAGAGGGCCGUACCGCGGGGAGAGAGGGAGCAGCGCCCUGCAGUAUUUUGACCUCACGCCCCCCAUGGCGGGCAUCAUGGUGCCCUCCAUCCAGCGCUGGCCGGGCAGCGGGUUUGCCUUCCACGCCUGGCUGUGCCUCAACACUGAAUUCCCGCCUCAGCAGCAGCAGCACCACUCCGAGUCCCGGCUCUCUGCCCCCGAGAGCAUGCUCCGCAUGACCAAGGGUCCGCGCCGCAAACAGCUCUACAGCUUCUUCACGGCGAGUGGGACGGGCUUCGAGGCCUUCUUCACCACAGAGGGGGUGCUGGUUGUGGCUGUUUGCACUAAGAAAGAAUACAUGGCCGUGUCUCUGCCUGAGAACCCCCUCAACGACUGUGUGUGGCAUUCUGUAGCUAUAGUGCACAUCACCGGCCGCCGGCCGUUUGGCCAGAACCUGGUCACGAUCUAUGUGGACGGGAACCAGUGCAAAACAGCACCGCUACGCUUCCCCUCCCUCAACGAGCCUUUUACCUCCUGCUGCAUUGGUUCGGCGGGUCACCGGACCACCACCACCACCACCACCUCCUCCCCGACACUGCCCCCUCCGAUGCACUCCCCGUCCGACCUGAGCUUUUCCCUGACCCCUGGCCCCCCCACCCUCACCCGUUCACAGUCCUUCCCAGCGUCUUUUGCAGCACCAGUUGGGGGACUGUGGGGUCCGGGAAGAGAUGUACCAGUGCACACCAUCCCAGCAGGGCUGCAAGACACAGAGUGGGGGUCACCAUCAUCGCUGGGAGGCCUGCUGGCCACGGCCUUCAUCUGCCACGAAGCUUUGCAGCCCACCCAGACCCGUGCGCUCUAUCUGUCAGGUCCCAAUAACGUCUCCUUGUUUAAAACGGACGGGGAGCUUUCCGAGCUGUGCAGUAAACUCCUGCUGUACUACACCCCUCAGGCCUUUAAAAGCCAAAUCUGUCAGGAUCUGUCUCCCAACCAUCUCUACAAUGGCAGACUGACCGGUCACAGAGUGGUCAACUGGGACAUCAAGGAUGUUCAGAACUCUGUGGGUGGGAUGGGGGCGCUGCUCCCCCUGCUGGAGCAGGUGUGUGGGCUGGAGCAGAGCGAGGCUGGGGGGCAGGAGACAUCGGACCUGCUGGGGCCGGAGCUGACAUCCUCCAGAGGAGCGACCGGCAUGCUACUGCCACUGGGCAGGUCAUCCGAGAGCCGUUUGGAGAGAAACAGUGUGGCUGCUUUUCUGCUGAUGGUCAGGAACAUGUUGAGGAACCAUCAAGUCAAUCAGGAGAGCCUCCUCCACUGCCAUGGACCCCCCAUCAUAGGAGCCAUGCUCAGCAAGGUUCCCAGCAGUAUGAUGGAUAUGAGUGUGCUGAUGGCGUGCCAGCUGCUGUUGGAGCAGGUGUGCAGUGAGGGUAACAGUGCUUUACUCUCUCAGCUCUAUCAGCACCUGCUCUUCGACUUCCGCAUCUGGAGCCACUGCCACUUCGCCGUCUGCCUCGGUCAUGUGCAGUAUCUGUCCUCAGUGCUGAAGGAGAGUAAACUGAGGACGCGCAGGAGGUACGGAGUUCAGUACAUCCUGGACUCCAUUCGCGCACACUACAGCGUGGAGAGGGACGGCAGUGCUCUGUCAGAUGAGAAGCAGACCGUGCGGACGUCUCUCUUCACUCUACUGAAUGAUUUCCUGCUGAAGUCUCCCAGCACUGAGGAGCUGCACAGCAUCCUGGCCUUCACUGCUGUAGCACAGGACCAGCUGCAGGCUGUGAGUGUGUUGGAGGUGCUGUAUGCCGUGUUGAGGUCUUAUCCUCAGGCUCUGUCCGUGCUGUUGGAGUGGGGGGUGGAGCAGCUCUACUGUCUUCUGCUGAAACCCAGCUUCGGAGACGAGGCGCGAGAGAAAGUCUUCAGGGUUCUGUAUAAAGUCCUGAAGAGUGAACGAGUCCCGGAGCGGAACAAACAGCGGGUCAAGCUCCGAGAGGCCUCCUACCUCGGCCUCGUCUGCUUCCUGGAGGAAAUCCCCGUCACCAUGACGAUCAUCCGCUGCCUGUAUGAGCAGGUGCUGGCCACAGAUCCUACUCCUAACUUCAGGGAUCUGUUGACGGUGGUUUAUUUGUCACAUCGGGCUGAUCUCUCCAUCCGACUGGACAUCUGUCGGAAGCUGUUCCACCUGAUUUACUCCAGUGAGGACAGUGUGAAGCAGUUGGCCCGGCAGCCAGGCUGGCAGGACAUCCUCACCAAACUCUACGUCAAAGAGUCGUAUGAGUCCCGAGCCAUCAGCCAGUCCAGCACCAACCAUCAGACCUCCAUAGAAGCCAGCCAAUCCAGACCCAUCCUCCGCCGGGAUGACAGCGUGGUGGAGGAACCCCGGAAUAACAUCUUCAUUCCCUACAACUCCCAUCAUGAGGAAGAGGAAGACGAAGAGGAAGAAGAGGAGGAACCAGCUCAGGAUAUCUCCGAGGCCUUCUCUGAGGGCUUCUCUGACCUGUCCCAAUCUCCACCUCCUGGUGGCCAGCUGAAGAACUUCGGUGACUCACUGAACUUCAAGUCAUUUGACUCGAUGGAGCAGGGCAGUCGCUCGUCCUCCCUGUCCAACACAGUGGACAUCCCGUCCUCCUCGCGGCUCCUGGAGGAAGAGGAGGGUCUGUAUCAGCCACUCUCGCCCUUUGGCACCUCACCCUUUGAGCUGGAUCUGGGUGGACAGAAGGGCCCCCAGACACCAAUGAGCAGCCAGCCGGAGACACCCUCACCAAUGGAGCACAGCAAAGCCUUCCCUGGCCCCAGGCCCCGAAAGAGCUCCAGCUUGUCCAAUGUUCUGGAUGACACCAGUUACAGCACUGAGCCUCCAACUGCAGACACCAUCUCCAACAAUUCCAACCCUCAGCAGGCUCCGGAGGAGGAGCUGUGCAACCUGCUGACUAACAUUGUGUUCAGAGUGUUGUGGAGUGGCUCCGAAGGCUGUGAGGAUGCAGUGUGGAGAGAGAGAGGGCAGGUUUUCUCUGUUCUAACCAAACUGGGCUCAUCUUGCCAACUAGUGCGGCCGCCAGAUGACAUCAAGCGCAGCCUUUUGGAGAUGAUGUUGGAGUCGUCUCUGUCUGAUCUGCGAGACUCUCAGGGAUUGGCUCUGCCCCAUAUUCCCUCUUUGCUCCGCCUCCUCAGACUGUUACAGGACUUCCUAUUCGCUGAGGGAACCGACAAUCAUACUCUUUGGAGUGAAAAGAUAUUUGAGGGCGUGGUGAAUCUGCUGGACCGGCUGCAGGCGUGGCACACCACUCCCACCACACCUGGAGCCGCUGAGCUGAAGGAGAUGGCUCAGAUCGGCCUGAGGAUCAUCACAGGAUACAUACAGCAGCAGCACUCGCAGGUGUGUGUGAUGGCGUGUGUGAAGCUGCACAGUCUGCUGCAGACGGUCUUGUGUCUGUCGUGGGAGGAGGUUUGUUUUCUGCUGGGGCGUCUGGGGGCCGCGUUGUGGCCCGCGGGGGCCGACAGCGACCGGGUCAGUAACUUGGGAGCCGAGGCUUUGCUAAGGCCGCUGGUGCCCGUGGUGCGGACGCUGCUGGACCAGCACGCCGACCCCACCAAACUGCAGCAGCUCCUGCCCAGCCUACCCCCAACAAACGGCAGCCCCACAUUCGCUCAGGACCUGCACAGAUACUGCAGCACCGCCGAGUGGCAGCUGUUCUACCACAGCCAUGUGGGACCCACGAUGCAGCAAUACGAGCUAGACACGUUCGGAAAGAGCCACGACUUAAUGUCCAACUUCUGGAAUUCGUGUUUUGAUGCCCUGAUGAGCACCGCCCAGAAGAGGGAGAAGGACCGAGCGGACUGCAGAGCCAAGUUUCAGGAGCUGAUCGUGGACCCGUUCGUGAAACGAGUGCGCAGCGAGAACAGUCGCUAUAUGAGUGUGCAGAAGCUGAGUAACAGCCAGCAGGGGGUGGUGUGGAAACACUGGAAGUCACUGCGCCGACUGCUGACCAGUGAGAGAGGAGCUUGGGCUAACAGGGAUCAGCCUGAGGUGAAGUGGAAGCUCUCUAGUGCAGAGACGUACUCCAAAAUGCGUCUGAAGCUCGUGCCCAACUACAACUUCAACUCCCACAGCGAGGCCAGCGCACUCAGGGACAACAUGGGAGCCGAGAGUCCUCGGAGCUCGGAGCCGCUCCCAUUGGCUGUUGCCAAGGAAGCUAAAGUGAGUGACAUGGAGGACGACCAGCUGGAGGAAGAGGACCUCAUGUACAUCGACAGCCAGGUGGAGGAGGGUGAGGAGGAGAGUCAGAAGGAGAAGCUGGUUCUCUCCGAAGACUGUGAGCUCAUCACUAUUGUGGCUGUAGUUCCGGGUCGUCUGGAGGUCACAACGCACCACAUAUACUUCUACGACGGCAGCAGCGAGAAGGAGGAAACUGAGGAAGGUAUCGGCUUUGAUUUUAAGCGGCCGCUGUACCAGCUGAGGGAGGUCCACCUGAGGCGUUACAACCUGCGGCGCUCCGCCCUCGAGCUUUUCUUCAUCGACCAGGCGCACUACUUCAUCAACUUCAGGAAGAAGGUGCGGAACAAGGUCUACUCCAGGAUUCUGGGCCUGCGGCCACCUAAUCUGUUUUAUUUCGGUUCCCGCUCCCCUCAAGAACUCCUGAAAGCCUCCAAUCUCACUCAGAAAUGGGUGUGCAGAGAGAUUUCAAACUUCGAAUAUCUGAUGCAGCUCAACACCAUCGCCGGCCGCACAUACAACGACCUGUCCCAGUAUCCUGUGUUCCCGUGGGUACUGUGUGAUUACACAUCCCCUGAAUUGGACCUGGACGACCCAGCAGUGUUCAGAGAUUUGUCCAAACCCAUCGGAGUGGUCAACCCUCGCCACGCCCAGGUCGUCCGAGAGAAGUAUGAAAGUUUCGAAGACCCCACAGGAACCGUGGAUAAGUUCCACUACGGCACACACUACUCUAACGCAGCGGGGGUCAUGCACUACAUGAUCCGCAUGGAGCCCUUCACCACCCUGCACAUCCAGCUGCAGAGCGGCAAGUUCGACUGCGCAGACAGGCAGUUCGCCUCAGUGGCUGCGGCAUGGCAGGCUCGUAUGGAGAGUCCGGCUGAUGUGAAGGAGCUCAUUCCCGAAUUCUUCUACUUCCCAGAAUUCCUGCAGAACAUGAACGGCUUUAAUCUGGGCUGUCUGCAGGUGAACCAGGAACCAGUGAAUGAGGUGUUUCUGCCACGCUGGGCCUCUUCCAGAGAAGAUUUCAUCAGAAAACACAGAAAAGCUCUGGAGAGCGAGCAUGUUUCUGCUCACCUGCACGAGUGGAUUGACCUGAUAUUUGGUUAUAAACAGCGCGGCCCAGAGGCAGUGGAGGCUCUCAACGUCUUCUACUACUGCACGUACGAAGGUGCUGUAGAUCUGGACGCUAUAGCUAAUGAGACGGAGCGUAAAGCUCUGGAGGGCAUCAUCAGCAACUUCGGCCAGACUCCCUGUCAACUUCUCAAGGAACCCCACCCGCCCCGCAUGUCUGCGGAGAACGCGUCCAGACGGCAGGCCCGGAUAGACACUCUGCCUCCGAACCUCUUCGAGCAGCUCGACAAACUGCGUCCGUUUGUGGAGGUGGUGAGUGAUGGGAAUCCUCUAGUGCAGGCUGUGGUUCCCAGGAACCAAACACGAUCCUUCAUCAUCCAUGGCUCAGACGUACUGGUGACCGUGAGUGCUAACGGUCAGAUAGGAACUCACAGCUGGCUGCCGUACGACAAGAACAUCGCCAACUACUUCACCUUCUCCAAGGACCCCACCAUGAGCAACCCCAAGACUCAGCGUUUCCUGAGCGGCCCUUUCUCUCCAGGGGUGGAGAUCGGAGCCCAGGUGCUGGUAGUGUCCAGUGACGGCCGGCUGCUAUUCAGCGGGGGGCACUGGGACUGCAGCCUGCGCGUCACCAUGCUGGGAAAGGCCAAGAUGGUGGGCAGGAUCUGCAGACACAUAGAUGUGGUCACCUGUCUGGCGUUGGAUCUGUGUGGAAUCUACCUCAUUUCUGGCUCUCGAGACACCACCUGCAUGGUCUGGCAGGUCCUACAACAGGGUGGUUUCUCCAGUGGUCUGUCUCCACGACCAGUGCAGGUUCUGUGUGGUCAUGAUCAGGAGGUCACUUGUGUGUCCAUCAGCACUGAGCUGGAUAUGGCUGUUUCAGGGUCAAAGGACGGUACGGUGAUCGUGCACAGUGUCCGGCGGGGUCAGUAUCUGCGGACGCUCCGUCCUCCCUGUGAGAAUUGUGUCUCUGCCCGUGUGGCCCAGCUGCAGGUGGGCAUGGAGGGACACAUGGUGGCUCACACGGUCAUGGAGGGGCGCACCGCUGGGAAGGAGAAGUACGCACUGCAUGUGUACUCUGUGAACGGUACCCUGCUGGCGUCUGUGGUUCUGGAGGAGUCGGUGUCUGCGCUGUAUCUGGUGUCUAAAUACCUCAUACUGGGCACACUACAGGGCAACCUACACAUCCGGGACCUGUUCAGUCUGAAUCCGGUGGUGAAGCCGCUGGCGCUGAAGGUCCCCAUCCGCAGCGUAUCAGUCACUAAGGAGAGCAGUCACAUCCUGGUGGGGCUGGAGGACGGAAAACUGAUUGUGGUGGGAGCCGGAAAACCAGAGGAGGUGCGUUCGGGACAGUUUUCCCGCCGUCUGUGGGGUUCCACUCGCCGGAUCUCUCAGGUGUCGUCAGGGGAGACGGAGUACAACCCUGCUGAGCAUGCUGGGAAAUGAGCAUCACCCACAUUCGCACAGUGCCUUCACACACACACACACACACACACACACACACACACACACACUCUCACACACACACACACUCCAGAGACAAUGACUUCAUCACGUCCCCAACUGCAGUGGUCUUCCCCAGGCCGGGUCGUCUGAAGCUGCACUUUGUAUUCCUUCCUGUUCUGAAAGGGAACCGAACGGUUUUACUCGGAGCUGUGUUUUUUAAACAGAAACAUUCCAAAGACGGAGGUGCGGAGGCAGGAGGGACGCUCUCUUUGAUGUGGGAGCGCCAGAGACUCCACUACGGCUCACAGCCAGAACUUCUACAAGCUCUUCUGAAAACACAGACACGGAACAGCGCCUGCUUCGCCUUCCUGGAACUGCCAGAAACUUGAAGACUUUGUGUUUUGUUUUGUUUUUUUGCUGUGUCGGAAUUCUGCACGGCAAGAUGUUUUCACUGUGUGCUCGGCGCGUGUGAAUGAGCGAGGUCGGCGUAUGGAUACAUGCUUAAUGCUUGAUGUACAGCAAUAACUAAUGCGCUGCUUAGUCCACGGUGCAAAUGUCAGAGAGGACCCUUCAUUUAUUUAAGUCCCACUCAUUCAGUAGAAGUUAUUUUAGCAUCAGAGCAGAAAAUCACACAGAAUCCCAAGAGCUAAAUCUCCUCUCCGCUGUGUUCAGUCAGUGAGUCACUCUUUCCCUUUAUUCCAUCUUCCAUUCUUUUCAGGAACCUCACUUUCAGCUCCUCAAACAAUCUGCAGACAUGCCUCCAAAGUUCAGCCUUGGAAGCUGGUUUAUUUUUCUUAAGGCCGUUACACACCAAGCGUCAUUUAUUCGGACGGCAGUAAAUUCAUUCUAACUCGUGUAUAACUGACCGUUAUACUGACCGUAUCGUUUUUUAGGCUGAGAAGAUGCGACACUGUUUUAUUUGACUUUUUGCGAACUUUCGCCAGUGUCGAAAACUCUCUGACCAGUCGCGGUCAUCUGUGCUAUCGGUGUUUCAGCACACAGAACUUUUUCACGAAUGCUAUAAGGUUCCAAAUCUUCAAAAGCAGCUGAAACUGAGCUACAAACAUCAAGUUAAAUGUGGAAGAGCUUUUCAGCGUCUGGAUGAGGUGAUAAAGAUUAUUGAGCUACUUUUCCAGAAUAGACAGCAGCCACGUUUACAUGCAGCCUAAUAAUCCAUUAAUAAUCCAACUAAUAGCUUAGUCGGAAUAGAAUGUGUCCAUGUAAACAUCUCAGUCGGAAUAGUCUAGUCCGAUUGAGGCCAUUCAUAAUACAGUUUCUAUCCGACUGAUCGAGGUGGGUAAUCCUGUAAAUAAUCUGUUAAAUAGAAGAAUAAUAUCCGUGUAAG